GUCCAGCCAAAAUGUGACCUGCCUGCAGCAUGAGAUGGAGGUAUCUUCCUUGUAUCUGAAAGGAAGCACAUGAAUGAAAUAGAGAGGAUGAUGCAGCAAAGAGAUGUUUUGAGAAUGCUUGUGCUAACUGUCAAACUGGCCCAUGUCCAUGCAACCAAAGCUACACCAAGACCUAGGUGAAAAGGGGGUUGCUUGAUCUCUGAUGAAGAAAGAAAGAGUUUUACCAAAUUCAUGGAACCAUAUUAACUGUUCCUGAAACAAGGCCGUGCCUCCUUCAUAGCUUAUAGCAAUCUUUAGCUAAUGUACUACGAAACACAGCCAUGGCUGGGCCAGGCAGGAGAAUCAGAACACUCCCUACAGAGCUGAAUAAGGUCUGCCCUGAUGAAGGAGAAGGUUAUCCUGUGUAUCCAAAGAGCUACUAUGAUCUUGACAUGGUCCCCAACCUGAGGCGGAGCAACAGUGCCUUUAGUAAGAGCAAGAGGAGAACUCACUGCAUCCCCAGCACCAAUGAAAAGGAAAAUCUGAGUGCAUGGAUUCCUGAAAACAUUCAGAAAAAAGAAUGUGUUUAUUUUAUCGAAAGUUCCCAGAUGUCAGAUUCUGGGAAGGCAGCAUGUGAGUGUGGCUAUCUUAAGGAGCAGCACUUAGAAGAGGCCAUAAAACCAGUCAUGUUCCAGGGGAAAGAAUGGGACUCCAGAAGACACGUCCAGGAAUUGUCAACAGAUGCGUUUGGGGAUAUCAGCUUCACAGGCUUGGGGCAGAAAGUAGGGAAGUAUGUGCGUGUCUCCUCUAACACACCUCCAAGAAUCAUAUACCAGCUGAUGACCCAGCACUGGGGCCUUGAUAUACCCAACCUCUUAAUAUCUGUAACAGGAGGAGCUAAAAACUUCAACAUGAAGAUGAGACUGAAGAACAUAUUCCGGAGGGGGCUUGUCAAAGUGGCACAGACAACAGGUGCCUGGAUCAUCAGUGGUGGUUCUCACGCUGGUGUGAUGAAGCAAGUUGGGGAAGCAGUUCGGGACUUCAGCAUGAGCAGCAGCUACAAAGAAGGUGAGAUCGUUACCAUUGGCAUUGCAACAUGGGGGACUGUGCACAACCGCAACAGCCUCAUCUGCCCCACGGGUAGCUUCCCAGCUGAAUACGUACUGGAUGAGGAGAGCCAAGGGAACCUCUCUUGCCUGGACAGUAAUCACUCACACUUCAUCCUGGUGGAUGAUGGGACACAUGGGAAAUAUGGCGUGGAGAUCCCUUUGAGGACCAGACUUGAGAAGUUUAUUUCGGAACAAACCAAGGUGAAAGGAGGGGUUGCCAUCAAGAUACCAAUCGUUUGUGUAGUACUGGAGGGUGGCCCUGGCACUCUUGAUACCAUCUACAAUGCAGUCACCAACGGCACUCCUUGUGUGAUCGUGGAAGGCUCGGGACGUGUGGCUGAUGUCCUUGCUCAAGUGGCUAAUUUGCCCAUUUCCAAAAUAACCAUCUCCCGGAUUCAGAAAAAACUGAGCACAUUCUUCAAGGACAGCUAUGAGCAGUUCACUGAAAGUAAGAUUGUGGAGUGGACCAAAAAGAUCCAGGAUAUUGUGCGGAACAGGCAGCUCCUGACCAUAUUCAGGGAAGGCAAAGAUGGGCAGCAGGAUGUUGACGUGGCCAUUCUUCAAGCAAUGCUCAAAGCUUCCCGCUAUCGUGAUCACUUUGGCCAUGAGAACUGGGACCACCAGCUGAAGCUUGCAGUGGCAUGGAAUAGGGUGGAUAUUGCCCGGAGUGAGAUUUUCACUGAUGAUCAUGAAUGGAAGCCCUCUGAACUGCACCCAAUGAUGGCAGCUGCCUUGAUAGCCAACAAGCCGGAAUUUGUGAAGUUGUUUCUGGAGCAAGGUGUGCGCCUGAAGGAGUUUGUUACCUGGGAUACCCUGAUCUACCUCUAUGAAAAUCUGGCGACCUCCAGUGUCUUUCAUGGGAAACUUCAGAAAGUGUUGCUGGAGGAGAAGGAGCGUUCAGCCUUCUCCAAAGUGCCAGGGAUCCAGCUGCACCAUGUGUCCCAGGUGCUGAGGGAACUGUUGGGAGACUUCACACAGCAGCUGUACCCCAAGCCGAAGAACACUGAGCGACACCGUCUCUCCAUUGCCGUGCCCCAUAUCAAGCUCAAUGUACAAGGUGUGAGUCUUCGAUCCCUCUACAAACGUUCUGCUGGCCGUGUCACAUUCACCAUGGAUCCAGUGAGGGACUUGCUCAUCUGGGCCAUUGUCCAAAACCGCAAGGAAUUGGCCGACAUCAUCUGGGCCCAGAGCCAGGACUGCAUUGCAGGUGCUUUGGCCUGCAGCAAGAUGCUGAAGGAGUUGUCCAAGGAGGAAAAUGACACAGACAGCACAGACGAAAUGCUGAUUCUGGCAGAGGAAUACGAGCAUCGAGCUGUUGGUGUCUUCACUGAAUGUUACCGGAAGGAUGAGGAAAGAGCCCAGAAGCUUCUGAUCCGUGUCUCUGAUGCUUGGGGGAAGACCACCUGCCUGCAACUAGCACUGGAGGCCAAAAAUAUGAACUUUGUGUCUCAUGGGGGCAUCCAGGCCUUUUUAACCAAAGUCUGGUGGGGAAAGCUGAGUGUUGAUAAUGGGAUAUGUCGGGUCAUCAUGUGCAUGCUGUUCUUCCCCCUUCUCUACACUGGCCUCAUCACUUUCAGAGAGAAGCGGCUGCAGUCAACGUCUUGCCUGAAACGCUUCCGAGCCUUCUUCACUGCGCCUGUUGUCAUCUUCCACCUCAACAUCCUUUCCUACUUCACCUUCCUCUUCCUCUUUGCUUAUGUGUUGAUGGUUGAUUUCCAGACAGUUCCUUCCUGGCGGGAGUAUGUCAUCUAUUUCUGGCUCAUCUCUCUGGUGUGCGAGGAGACGCGUCAGAUUUUUUAUGAUCCUGAUGGGUUUGGCUUGGUGAAAAUGACUUCCUUGUACCUCAACGAUUUCUGGAAUAAGUUGGAUGUGUGUGCCAUUUUGAUCUUUAUAGCCGGCCUGACCUGCAGAUGGAUGCCAUCCACUUUAUAUCCUGGAAGGAUCAUACUGUCUCUGGCUUUUAUUAUUUUCUGCCUCCGUUUGAUGCACAUUUUCACAGUCAGUAAAACUCUAGGCCCCAAGAUCAUAAUAGUGAAGAGGAUGAUGAAGGAUGUCUUUUUCUUCCUCUUCCUCUUGGCUGUUUGGGUUGUGUCCUUUGGAGUGGCCAAGCAAGCCAUCCUGAUCCAUAACGAGGAGCGCGUGGACUGGAUCUUCAGAGGCGUUGUUUACCAUUCUUAUUUGACAAUCUUUGGACAAAUUCCUUCCUACAUUGAUGGCGUGAACUUCAACCUUGAUCAGUGCAGCCCAAACGGGACGGACCCAUAUAAGCCCAAGUGCCCUGAGAUCAGUGAGGCCAAGCAGGUGCCCAUCUUUCCCGAGUGGCUUACAGUCAUCUUGCUCUGCCUGUACCUUCUCUUCACCAACAUUCUCCUCCUCAAUCUCCUCAUUGCCAUGUUCAACUACACAUUCCAGCAGGUGCAGGAGCACACUGAUCAGAUCUGGAAGUUUCAGCGCCAUGACCUGAUUGAGGAGUACCACAGCAGGCCCCCAGCUCCACCACCCUUCAUCCUCCUGAACCACCUGCAGCUCUUUGUCAAGAGGGUCAUUCUGCGGAAGCCAGCCACACGGCACAAGCAGCUCAAAGAGAAACUUGAGAAGAAUGAAGAGGCAGCACUCUUGUCCUGGGAGAUGUAUUUGAAGGAAAACUACUUGCAGAACCAACAGUGCCAGCAAAAGCAGAACACUGAGCAGAAGAUCCAGGAUAUUGCAGAAAGAGUCAAUGUGCUGGCAGAACUUCUGGACCUUGAUCGGGUGAAAAGGACAGGGCUGGUGGAACAGAGGUUGGUGUAUCUGGAAGAGCAGGUGUUUCAAUCUGCAAAGGCAUUGCGAUGGAUUGUUCACUCUCUCACUAGUAGUGGGUUUGGAUCAGAGGAAGAUGCUCCUAUAAUGGUUCCUAGCAGGGCCCCUGAAAUGAAGGAUGAUCCUGAAGAAGAGGUCCCAGAAUUUUUCCACACCUUAUACCAUGUGAGCGCCAGGAACCUUUUGUAUCCCAACUCCACUGCUGUCCGCUUUCCUGUGCCAGACGAGAAAGUGUCAUGGGAGGUAGAGUUUGAGAUCUACAACCCACCCUUUUGUAGUGUAGAAAUGCAAGAGGAGGCUAUCCCCGAGACCCUAAGAGACUCUUUGGAGAAUCUUUCAAGGAUAAACUUCAACAGUAUGGAUGGGGAUGUCAACAGACAGAGCUUCCAUGGCACCUAUAUGGUCCAGGAUGGCCUGCCACUGAAUCCUAUGGGAAGGACAGGUUUGAGGGGCCAAGGGAUCCUUCGGUUCUUUGGCCCAAAUCAUGCACUUCACCCUGUUGUGACACGUUGGAGGAGGAAUGUUGAUGGAUCUAUUUAUCGGAAAAGCUUAAAGAAAAUGCUGGAAGUCUUAGUUGUCAAAUUUCCCAUGUCGGACCACUGGGCUUUGCCUGGGGGAUCUCUGGUUCCAGGGGAAGCAUUGCCACCAAAACUGAAGCGGGUCCUGAGACGGGAGUUUUGGCCACAGUUUCAGAAACUGCUGAAUCAGGGUACAGAGGUAUUCAAAGGGUAUGUGGAUGACCCCAGGAACACAGACAAUGCCUGGAUCGAGACAGUGGCCACCAGUGUGCACUUUGAAGACCAGAAUGAUGUGGAGAUGAAGCGUAUGAAUUCGUUUCUCCAGGGCUGUGACCUUGAGGUGACCGUCCGGUGGCAGGUUGUGGACCAGAGAGUUCCCCUUUAUGUGAACCACAAGGAGCUCCUGAAGAAAGCGGCUGUCCUUUUGGGGGCAUACUAUUGAUGACACAGCAGCAACACCAACAGGCUCUCUCCUAUUUCUCCCUCAGCUCUUUCUAAUGGCAGCAACCUAACUGGUCCUUUCCCCUCUGGUUGUCUUCUUGGUGCAUUUUUUUUGUACACAACCAGUUCUGAGCUUGAGACUAGAAUUUUGAAUCGCAAAUGAAACAUUCAAAACCCGG